AUGGGCUGUGCCUCCGCCAAGCAUGUGUCUACUGUUCAAAACGAAGAGGAAACUCAGAAGGGCAAGAACUACCAGAACGGAGAUGUGUUUGGGGAUGAGUAUAGGAUCAAACCAGUGGAAGAGGUCAAAUACAUGAAAAAUGGGGGAGAAGAUGAUCAGAAAAUAGCAGCCAGGAACCAAGAAAACUUGGAAAAAAGUGCCAGUUCAAACUCAAGACUCAAAUCUAACAAAGAGAUCCCAGGAUUAGUACAUCAACCCAGAGCAAACAUGCACAUCUCCGAAAGCCAACAAGAAUUCUUCAGAAUGCUUGAUGAAAAAAUUGAAAAGGGUCGUGACUACUGUUCAGAGGAGGAGGAUGUCACAUAG